CAAAAUAUUUUGCAGUAAACACACGUCGCUAGGUACCUAUUUAUUCUAAUCUUAGAUUCUAAUAGAUUUUUCAAGGAUUAUUUUUACAAACUUCAAACAUGUCUGAAAAUGUGAAUAUUGAUUUAUCUGGUGAAAUAAACACCACAACAGAAAAAAGAGGUUUUCAAAAGUAUGUUAUUGAUAUGGAAUUAAUAUUACAACAUGUGCGGAGCGGUGCCGGACCUGCACUGGUGAUGGGUGUCCUUUCUACACGUAAACCAUGGACACAAUUUGUGGCUACUGACAAUUUUAAAGUCCCAGCGUCAAUACCGAGAUUAUCGCGACGUUUUUACCGAAAUGUGGAAUAUUUUCAAGCUAACUAUUUAAUGAUAUUCCUGGGCUUAUUUGCUUAUUGUUUGAUAACAUCACCAUUGCUGCUGAUAGCUAUGGUGGCAAGCUUCUUUGGAUACAAAAAAUUGACAUCUGGACCCAAUACUUGGAAAAUUGGUGGUUGGGAACUAACGAAAACUCAGCAGUAUGUGGUGGCAGCUGCAUGUUCCACCCUUGUCAUGUGGUUGGCUGGCGCUGGUGCUGUACUUUUUUGGGUUUUGGGUGCAACGGUGACCGUGGUUGCACUCCACGCGAGCUUCUUCGAUGCGGAAGUUUUACCCGUUUUGGACGACCCUGAAAAGUUUCCCAUGAUUGAACAAGUCUGACAAUGUGAAUUGCCUCUCUACAUGCCAAACCAACGAACGGCCCUCCGUUAAGAUACCUGAAGCACUUAUAAUAGAAAAAUAAUGGAAUCACAUACUUACCUAAUUAACAUUAAUUCUACAAUUUUUCAUAUUUAAUCAUAAUACAUGAAGUAAAUGUUCCAAAAUUUAUUGUUCAUAGAUACAAAUGUUUAGUCAUUUGUGUCUGUCUAGUAAAUUAAAAACUACAUAAAAGCCGUCCCUAUAAAGAAACGAAUCUAAAAUGGCGGUCCAUACCUAAAUUGACAUUUCAAAUUCAUAAGUGUGACUAAACACAAUACACAGAUAUACAUAGGUAGUUUUCCAAUUACAGAGCAUAAUGCGACUCAGUGGCGCACAAUGCCGAAUUUAAAGGGGAAAAAUUAAAAUUCUGUCACUGAGUUAGCAUCGAUUGCACGCAUCACGCGCAUUACUUUUAAGAGUGCUCGAUUGUGCGAAGCGUUGCUGUAGUUGAAACAUUCAACGUUAAGCAUUAUGCCGCAUAAUGCGCUCUAGUGCUGUAAUUGGAAAACUACCAUAAUCAUGUGUGAGUAAAGACGGAAUGAUAACCUGUGCCGCCAUUUUAGAUUCGUUUCUUUAUUACGCGUGUUAUACUUAUUUUACUGAUCUGUAAUUUUUAUAUACAUAUUAUAUUAAAAAUAAUUUCAAAUUAGCAUGGCUAUAGUACAUACUAGAAUUUAAAGUAACCAUAAUGUAUAUAUUUAAUUUAAUGUAAAUAAAACUAGAAUUACUA